CUCUUUUAAACCAUUUCUCUCUCUGUCUUCAACAAAACUUUUCAAACACUCCAAAAAAGCUCAGAGAAAAAGAAAAAAAAAGAAAGAAACAAUGAGAGGACUCUCCACAAAAUCCGGUGCCAUAAUCACCGCAAUUCUCACCGUCAACUUCUUACUCACCACCACCGCCGCAACUACAACCUCCCAAUCCUCCGUCGGUGUUUUCAUGCCGUCGAGAUGCACCGGUUCCAUCGCCGAGUGCUCCUUAUUAUCAUCCUCCUCCGAGGAGGAGGAGUUCGAGAUGGACUCUGAGAUCAACAGGCGCAUAUUAGCUACGACGAAGUACAUAAGCUACGGUGCGCUGAAGAGGAACACGGUACCAUGCUCACGACGCGGCGCAUCUUACUACAAUUGCAGACGUGGAGCUCAGGCUAAUCCUUACUCUCGUGGUUGUAGUGCCAUUACUCGUUGCAGACGAUGAUGAUUUACCAAUUUUAUUACUUUCUCUUCCCUUUUUAUGUACUUUUAAUCCUCCAUUCUUUUGUUUUUAUAUUUAUACAAUUUUUUUGCCUAAGAGUAUUAUAUACUUAUGUUUAAAAUUUCAUUGCAGUAUCAUUUUCAUACAGUCAAUUUCGUGACCAUAUAUAGUAGUAGUGUAUGUACAUUUCAUUGCAAUAUAAGUUUGAUAUAUGAACAAAAAUAUAUAGAUGUUAUACAUUUCUGAUUAAUAUAUAUCAGGAAUUAUUAGUAAUGAUUAAGGUGUAGUGUGAAAUAAUGGUAAUAAAGAAAAUGAUAUUUAUGUGUA